UCUAUCUCCCGCUCCUCUCAGCCUACUUAAACCCAUCUCCAGAUCGUCGAGCUUCGUGUUUAGAUUCACUUCUUCCGCUUCCGACUAUCUCUGUGAUCGAUUCCGGGGACCGGAACGGCAGCAUGACGACCCCUGUCAAGAAGUACCGUGCCCCGAGAUGUUAUCUCUCGGAGAACAUCGAUCCAAAUGUUGCCGCUUCCACUCCGCCGAGAUCAAUCAGGUCUCCGGCGAUCCUGUCCGCAAAAACGAAGAAAUCGGUGCCGAAGAUGUCGUCGUCUCCUUCCCUAGCAAAUGCGAAGCGAACGGCUGCUGGUGAGAAGGAUUCGGUGAAAGGAAACAGGGAUUUCAAGUCCACGAAACGUCGACAAGUCGCCAGCGAUGGCCUCGGCACACCGCAGGAGAAGCCCUUUGCGAGAAUUCAGGCAGAUGGAACAGAGAAAAUGAAGAAGAAUCGCGAAGAAAUCUGGUGUUCGCUGGCGGAAGAACCAGGGACUGGAGAAUUGGAGGGGAGUUCGAAGAUGAGGAUGAUGAGGAGAAUGAUGCUGGAAGAAGCCAUGAGUAGCUUACCAGAGCCGGGGGCCGGGCGCGUGAUGUAUCUGGUGAAGACAUUCGAGAGGCUCUUUUCAAUCUCCAAGGAGACCAAGGGCGACGGCGGAGGCCAGAGCAAGCGGAAGGUGAUGACUUGGGCCCUGCCAGCUUUGCAGCUUCCGACGAAGGCGGAUGUCACUGGGGUCUCCUGUUCCCCAGUUGCCUCUUACUCAUCCUCUUUCCAUGGUGAGGACGACGACGGAGAUUCCACCAUGCAGUCUUCGGUGAACAGCAACGGUGAUAGAUGGAAUAGUGAAUCAGAUGGCCGAGCUAACAGAUGCAAUAAGAGAACUGGUUCUCCGGGAAGUAGCCUGAAUAAGAAGCCUAAAGUGACACACCAACCUCUCAAGCUGAGGACUGAGCAAAGAGGAAGAUGCAAAGAGGAGAACUUUACCAAGAAAAUAAGAGGGGUGCUUUUGGAGGAGGAGAAAAGAAAACCCUUCACGCAAAGGCUCACAUGGAAUAUGGAAGAACCUGAGGCUGCUGAGCAUGUGGAUUUUAUCAAGCAGACAACGUUAGAGAGAGAGAGGCAGGAUAAGGUAUACGAUCUAAAUUCAGAAGACCUCAGAAUAGCUUCCGAACAUAAAUUUAAAGAUCAAGACAAGGAAAUAGGAAGAAUCAGAAUCCAAAAGAGAUAUAGUACUGUGAGACCAGCCCAUGCUGUACUUUGAUCAACCCUUCAACCCGAGAAAGUAAAUGAAUCGAAGCGUGGAUGCAUCUGACAGACCAAUUCUUUCAAAUACCCAACUGUCGUUGGUAAACUAAAUUCUUCUAGCACUCGUGAAGGCUCAAGUUCAUUCAAAUUGCAGGAUGCAUUCUCAGCUAAAAUUCUCAACAUUUGGAGCUGACCCUUUUGUUUGCCUGACUAAGCAACGUUUGAAGCUUCUAUUUUUCUUGCCUUGAUCUUGAUUUUUUCAGUUUGCGAUGCAAAAAAUAAUCCAUUUACAUAUUUGUCUGAGCAAAUGUGAAAACUUUAUGUUGGCACAUUUGACUGCUUGCGAUUAGAAAUAACUGUAACAACUGUACGGCAAAUGACAAGCCUUGUUCCUAGAAGAGGGUUAAAAUGCAUUCAUUGUUUCUCGCCUCACUUGGCAUAAACUUAUGAGCUUGUAAGCAGAACCACAUGAAAACCUCUUGCGACUGAGCACAAUUGUCCA